GCAUCACUCAGAAUACAGAACCGAGCGAUACCAAUAAACGCCAGAAGGAUAUUUAACAUAAUUCACAGGUCAUUUGAACAAAGAUUCCUAUAUCCAAACGCAGUUGGUAAGGACAUAAGCAGACAAAAUGAGCAACGAUACUGAAGUGGAUAUGAAAGAUGUGGAGCUCAAUGAGGUGGAGCAGGAGAAGCAGCCCAUGACAGAGGGAGAUGCUGGAAACAAUUAUGCCAUUUCACCUGUAACCGAGAAGAAUGGCAUUGUGAAAGUGAAGAUUCCAGAUGAGGAGUCCAAAUUCACUGGUCUGUCCAAAGAAGAGCUCAUGAAGGUCGCUGGAACACCAGGGUGGGUUCGAGUUCGUUGGGCACUACUGAUCCUUUUCUGGCUUGGUUGGCUUGGCAUGCUGGCUGGUGCCAUUGCCAUCAUUAUUCAAGCUCCUCGAUGCAAGCCCCUGCCUGAGAUGAACUGGUGGAACAAAGGACCACUGUACCAGAUUGGAGAUGUUGGCGCCUUUACAAACUCUUCAGACAUGAAAGAUUUGGCUGGAAAGGUUCAGGCUUUGGAUGAUUUGAAGGUGAAGGGUCUGAUCAUUGGCCCGAUUCACGUGUCCAGUGAAGACAAGCCUGAUGAACUGGAUUUGACUAAGAUUUCUGAAGAUGCCGGUGGUCUGGCACAGUUUAAAGAAGUCAUUGAGGCUGCACACAAGCGAGGCAUCUUCAUUGUUUUGGACUUGACCCCUAACUAUAAAGGAAAAGAUCCUUGGUUUUCCAAUGAUGCUGUCAGCACUGUGCAGAAAGUUGAGCCUGCUUUGAUAUACUGGCUAAAACAAGGUGUAGAUGGAUUCCUCUUCUAUGGUGUUGAGAAGGUUUCAGCUGCUGCCCCAUCUCUUUGGAGUGAUGUCGAAGCCCUCAUUCACAACCAGACGGACCCACAAGGAAAAACAAAAAAAGUCUUAAUUGGAGUCACAGAUCAGUCCUCUCCUAAAGAAAUAUCUGCAACGUUGAACAAAACUGGUGUGGACUUGCUUCUCUCUGGUGCUCUGAGGUCUAAAUCUGUCCUGGAAGUUGCCCAAGCUGUUGAUAGCCUGUAUUCCACUUACAAUCAGACCCAACUGGCUUGGAACAUCGGUGGGCGAAUUGCAGGACAUCUGGCUUCAGUUGUGGGUUUCGCCCAAGUCAAACUGAGUCAACUUAUGUUGCUCACCCUGCCAGGCACACCAGUGUUUAAUUAUGGCGAUGAGAUUGGACUGGAAGAUGAGGUCAACAAAUACCCAACCAUGUUGUGGAAAUUCAAUGAUGAGGAGAAGCAGAAGGAAAUGAGCAUAUUCCAUUCAUUCUUCAAGAGCGUGAGUGUUAAAAGAAUGAAGGAGCGCUCUCUGCAGCAUGGAGAAUACUUGCCUUUGUUCAGCUCUGACGCUGCCAUGGCCUACGUGCGAAGCUGGGACCAGAAUGAACGCUACCUUAUUGCACUCAACUGGCACUCAAAUGAGACUGUCACUCUUCAGCUGAAACAUGCUGACAUUCCUGAAAGCGCUGCAGUAGUGUUUAGUACUUCUGAUGAUACAGAAGUCGAUAAAGAGCUUAAUCUUGCACAGCUAGAGGUGAAACCAGGAGAAGGUAUAAUGCUGAAGUUUCCAUACACAUCUUAAAGAUGCAUUGUAAACUCGUAGCUAGUGUAAGGGUCAUUGAUUGUUAAAUGCAAAAGUAUUUGAUUCGGCUAUUCUGUUACAGUAUUUAACCUGUUUUUAGUACUACAACACUGGCUAAGAGCAUCAGAUUGUACUGUUACAAGUGUCACAUGCACAGCCUAAACUGAACAUGACUACUAAACUGAACUCUGAAGCUGGUAGUUUUACAUGUGCUGUUACUUUAGAUACAUUCCAUGGAAAGAAAACAAACCUUUUUAUUUAGAACUUUUUUAAUUGUGUGUGUGUUUUAGUUUACAAAAAUGUCCUACACCAACUUUAAAAUGGCUGUUUCUUCUUCAAUGUAAUUGAAAAAAGACGCAUGAAAAUGAAAGCCGUGGACAAUAAAUUAAGUUAAGCAGUUCA